AUCCAUAUCAUAUUAUUCCCUUCAUUAAUUCGCUCUUUCCUUCUGUCAGCAGUCCCUCUUUUGGUCCCCUUCCCCAACCUCAUUCACUGUAUACCUUUAAUAUUCUUCUAUCUCAUUGACUUGUGUUUUUCUGCAUUUCUUCUGUUCUGAUUUUUUUGCGUGUUUGUUCCUUGAUCAGCAUAAUCACUAAUCUUCGCAUCGUCAUUGUCAUAAUCAUCCGAUCAAUUGAAUUGCAUGUCAUAUUAAUCAACUGCUGUCAUCAAUGAAUUGUUCGACGACCACCGCAAUAUUCGAGAUCCUCGUCUAGGAUCAUGCUUUUUUCUCGAUAUGUACUCCCUGCAGCUGUUCUGUCAAUCGGCGUCAACGCAUUCUAUCCAUACAUCCGCCCUUCGACUGCGGUUCCGUCAUUAACCAGCAGACUGGUCGAACGGUUCUAUCCAUUUCACUUGCGAGGGAGUUCUAGCAGCGGGGACGAUGCCACACAUGACGAGUUACUGACUCUUCCGCUGAAAAAGCGGUCGACUGUGAAUAAACGCGAGAACAAGUAUACAAUUGUCCAUGGAAACCCUGCUACUGGCCCGAACAGCGCGACCGUUAACGAGGACGGAAAUGACUUCUCCUACUUCUUUGAGAUGGAUUUCGGGUCAAACAAUCAGUCCAUGUGGAUACUGUUCGAUACUGGCGGUACAAACAGCUGGGUAUUCGGCACCAACUGCACAGUCCCCGCCUGUGAAAUGCACAACACCUUUGGCCAGAAUGACUCGACAACGUUGCAGACAUCGGGGAAUACGUUCAGUGUCGGUUACGGAUCUGGAACAGUGUCAGGCUUGCUGAGCUCCGACACGGUCAAACUCGCCAAUUUCAGCUUCCAACUCACUUUUGGACUGGUCAAUAAUGCAUCAAAGGAUUUUGUCGAUUAUCCCAUGGACGGUAUUCUCGGGCUGGGUCGCUCGAAAUCGAGCACAACGGGGACAUCCACAGCAAUGGAGGCCAUCGACAAUGCAAAACUCCUUCCGUCGAACAUUGUCGGAAUCAGUUUGCAGCGAAACGAGGAUGGUGCGAAGGACGGUGAAGUCACAUUUGGCGGGGUUGACGCUUCGAAGUUCGAGGGUGACAUCACAUAUACCUCUGUCAUAUCAACCACAGACCGGUGGGAGAUUCCAUUGGGUGACGCUGUUGUUGCUGGCACUCGUCUCAAUGUGACUGGCAAGUCUGCUAUCAUUGAUACCGGAACGUCAUAUAUCUUUCUUCCACCAGCCGAUGCCAGCGCGCUUCACGCCUUGAUCCCAGGAUCUGCUUUGUCAGGCCAGGAAUACACUUUUCCAUGCUCCACAAACACAACUGUGCAAUUCACUUUUUCUGGUGUGACCUAUAGUGUUUCGCCCAAAGACUAUAUCGGCAGUACAACAGAGAACGGUGGUACGACAUGCUUUUCAAAUAUCAUUGCGGUCCAAACAUUUGGACCUGAUGACUGGCUUCUCGGGGACGUCUUCAUGAAGAAUGUGUACUCGGUCUUUGAUUUUGACCAAAAUCGUAUUGGCUUUGCUGCUCGAAAUGGUACAGCGGCUACCAUCAGUACUGCUUCGCCCGUCUCUGCUGCUGCCAGCUCAGGGAAUGCCGGUACUACCACAUCUCCAGCCAACACCACCACACAGACAGCUAGUGCCACUCACACGGGUGCAUAUACUGGUGCUGCCGCCUCUUUCUCACUUCCUUCGCUGGUCAAACUUACGACUUCGGUGAUCUUCUUAGGCUUGUAUUUCCUGUCCAACCUCUGAUUUGCGAGAGACUCUUUGUUCUAUUUUUGUUUUGCUUCUUUUCAUUCGUUCGGAUACCCACAACAGCAUUGUUGUUUUGUUCUUUUUUCUCACAUUUGCGACAGAAAAGCAUCUCUGUCACCUGCCUAAUCAUUUAAUCUUCUCUCUCAUGUCUGAUUAUUCAUCUCUUUCCAAUUUUUACGAGAGCUGUACUAUAUUCUUUAAUCUCGCUGCACACACACUUCUAUCUGUCCGUUUGAUAUUGAUUUCAGCACAAAAAGCGAGAAUUUGUCGGUAGUACAUAUUUAUCUGAUUCAUCGGUUAUUUAGGAUCUGCUGAUGAAUGGAUUUUAUAUUUUACAUCUUUUGAUCCUUUUCUAGAUACAUAUACAUAGUUAGUCUUAGGUAGUUAUAGACAAUGGAUGCAGUACACCCAUCCUG